AUGCUAUUUGCAUGCAUAUGGUAUAACAAGAAGGAGUCCGAAGAUUAUGUUUCAUCAUUUUAUAGGAAAUCUACUAUUCUGGCUACUUAUAGCCAUAUCAUUAUGCCAACCAAUGGCCUGUUAAUGUUGCUAACCCAAUCAGCACUCCAGUCACGCGAAGAUCUAUCGGUCGUCCUAAGAAGAAUCGUAACAAGGCGAAUGAUGAACCGAGGAUAA